AUGACCACACUGGAGCCAUCACCACUGUCUACAACACACCACCAACCACCACAGGGCCAUCCCACAACCAACCUCUCAGUGCAUACCUACAAACCACCACAGGGCCAUCCCACAGCCAACCUUUCAGUGCAUACCUACAAACCAUCACAGAGCAAUCCCACAACCAACCUCUCAGUGCAUACCUACCAACCACCACAGGGUCAUCCCACAGCCAACCUCUCAGUGCAUACCUACAAACCACCACAGGGCCAUCUCACAGCCAACCUCUCAGUGCAUACCUACAAACCACCACAGGGCCAUCCCACAGCCAACCUCUCAGUGCAUACCUACAAACCACCACAGGGCCAUCCCACAGCCAACCUCUCAGUGCAUACCUACAAACCACCACAGGGCCAUCCCACAGCCAACCUCUCAGUGCAUACCUACAAACCACCACAGGGCCAUCCCACAGCCAACCUCUCAGUGCAUACCUACAAACCACCACAGGGCCAUCCCACAGCCAACCUCUCAGUGCAUACCUACAAACCACCACAGGGCCAUCCCACAGCCAACCUCUCAGUGCAUACCUACAAACCACCACAGGGCCAUCCCACAGCCAACCUCUCAGUGCAUACCUACAAACCACCACAGGGCCAUCCCACAGCCAACCUCUCAGUGCAUACCUACAAACCACCACAGGGCCAUCCCACAGCCAACCUCUCAGUGCAUACCUACAAACCACCACAGGGCCAUCCCACAGCCAACCUCUCAGUGCAUACCCACCAACCACCACAGGGAAAUCCCACAGCCAACCUCUCAGUGCAUACCUACAAACCACCACAGAGCCAUCCCACAGCCAACCUCUCAGUGCAUAUCCACCAACCACCACAGGGAAAUCCCACAGCCAACCUCUCAGUGCAUACCUACAAACCACCACAAGGCCAUAUCACAGCCAUCCUCCCAGGGGCAAACCCAGAGACAUCCUCCCAGGGCAUACCCCCUAACCACAACAGGGCAAUCCCACAGGCAUCCUCACAGGGCAUAUCCACUAAACACCACAGGGCAAAUCCACAGACAUCCUCCCAGGGCAUACCCACUAACCACCACAGGGCAAUCCCACAGGCAUCCUCCCAUGGCAUACCCACUAACCACCACAGGGCAAUUCCACGGCCAACCUCUCAGGGCAUACCUACAAACCACCACAGGGCAAUCCCAAAGGGCCAUCCCACAGCCAACUUCCUAGUGCAUACCUACAAACCACCAAAGGGCAAACCCAAAGGCAACUUCCUAGUGCAUACCCACCAACCACCUAAGGGCAAUCCCAUAGGCAACCUCUCAUGGCAUACUUACAAACCACCACAAGGCAAUCCCACAGGCAACUUCCUAGUGCAUACCUACAAACCACCACAGGGCAAACCCACAGACAACCUCUCAGGACAUACCUACAAACCACCACAGGGCAAACCCAAAGGCAACUUCCUAGUGCAUACCCACCAACCACCACAGGGCAAACCCACAGGCAACCUCCCAGGGCACACCAACCAACCACCACAGGGCAAUCCCACAUGA